UUCGCUCUGAAGCAGACGAGCUCGCUCGAGGAGGAAGACGACGACGGCUACGAACCAGAAAGCUCUUCGCUUUCUUGAUCGGAGCUCGACACGCGCUCAUGCCCAAGAUCGCCGGCGGUGAGCCGGAGCCCAAGAUACACGGAGCGCGACGUAUGGUGACGGUUCGGAGCAGUUGAGUGAGGGGCGAGCUCUUGUAGGGAGCUGCAGGAGAUCCUUUUGUCGGAGGAGGGGGGGUUGAGGAAGAUGGCGAGACAGGAGGGGGCGGAGGGAGGGGAGAACUCGCACCCGCAGCUGCAGCCGCAGAGGAGCGCCGGCGGCGGGUCGGGCGGCCGGAGGGUCCGGGCGAGGCCCGACCCUUUCCUGGUCAUCUGCCGGUGCUUCAGCGUCCUGACCUCCAUCUGCGCCAUCCUCUGCAUCGCCGUCAACGUCCUCUCCGCCGUCCGCUCCUUCAAGAACGGAUACGACGUCUUCGACGGCAUAUUCCGGUGUUACGCGGUGCUGAUAGCGUUCUUCGUGGUGCUCGCCGAGACGGAGUGGGGAUUCAUUGUCAAAUUCUGGAAGGUUUUGGAAUAUUGGGCUGGGAGGGGCAUGCUGCAGAUCUUUGUUGCGGUGAUGACAAGAGCUUUCCCAAACUAUACUGAGGAGCAGCAAGAUCUUGUUCUCCUUCAGAAUAUUGCAGCUUAUAUGCUCCUUGCUUGUGGUGUGGUAUAUGUUGUUUCGGGAAUUCUGUGCAUAGGCUUCUUGAAACGCUCUCGACAGAAGAAAGAAAUAUCAAGGGAGCAGGCAGUGAAGGACUUGGAGGACCUGGAACGGCGCAGGGAAGAACUUGAACAAUUGCUUAUUGUGGAGACGGCGUGAAGGCACUUUAAAUUGAGAUACUAGCGGGACGUCUACUUCUUGGAAUCCCAAUCAAAAGACCAGCGAAAAUGAUCUUUGCGGAUAUUCUGACCCGAUUCUCAUGAGUGUUGCUUUCUUUUCUUUUCAUUAAUAUCUUUGUACUUGUCUAUCUGCGGCAAUAGUAUCAUUCUUUCUUUCUUAAACUUUUGUCGAGUGGUGUUUGGCAGUUGUAUGGUUUCUGUAAAUUAAAAUCUUCUUGAUUCUUUUCUAGGAUGAUCAAUUACGAAACAAUGUAUUUGUCGACAUUCCUCAACUGGAUUUUGCAUCUUCAAAGAAUCUUGGCAGGCUGAACGGGAGGUUGCCGAAUUUCAGA